AUAGUGUGUACAAUGUUGUAUUAGUAUAAAAAAAAAUAGCAUGUUGAAUAACCAACAAUUACGCUAUAAACAGUUGAUAGUUAAGAGAAGCUCGUUGGGAUCAUUAGUAAGAAAAUCAUAACAUAAACAUAAGUUAUCAGCGAUAACUUACUCGCCUAUGGCCUCUCAACAUUAAGACUAAUAAAAGAUUUUUUCAAGUGCUAUUAUUUUUAAGUGCUUUUAUAUCCAGUUCAGAAAUAUUUAAGUGAAGAAAGGGGAGAAUUUCAUUGUAAUCAGCCUUUAAAUAACGACGGAAUUUUUGUACGUUAUCAUUCGCAAUUCGUAUCGCGGCCAACGUAGAUCAUCGAGUAUUUCAUACUUUUUAAAUAAAAAUGAAUCACCGAACGAAAUGGCUGAUAGGAUCCGUUUUAAUAUUGACAGUGUUAAACUGCGAAAACUCGUUGGCAUCGUCAGAAAAUGAAGAAAAUUUGAGAGCAGUUUCCAGUGGGAUGAACCAAUUUUCGGCAGAUUUUUACAAAACGUCAUCGGAAAGCACAAAAGAUAAUCUUAUCUGCUCACCGCUAAGUGCUGGCAUUGUAUUGUCUAUGGCAGCGUACGGCGCUCGUGGAAACACGGAAAAACAAAUGCAAACGAGUUUACGUAUGCCUGAGAACGACGCUGUCGGUAAAAGCGGUUUUCAGUCGCUUAUUGAUACCCUCAAUAGUGUAAAGAAAGUUCAACUGAAACUAGCGCAAAAAAUUUUCACAACUACCGGCUUCGAAAUGAAACCUGAUUUCAAAGACAUAACUGAAAACAACUUCAGAUCAACUGCACAAAGUUUAGAUUUUAGUAAAGCUGUCGAGUCCUCACAAACGAUAAAUAAAUGGUGCGAAGAACAAACGAACAGCAGAAUUAAAGAGAUCGUCCAACCAGAUGACUUGAAUGGAGCUGCGAUGGUUUUGCUAAACGCAGUUUAUUUCAAAGGUAACUGGCUGUCAAAGUUUAAAGGCGAACAAACUUUACGUAAGCCGUUCCAUGUUGAUGAAAAAUCCACCAAAGACGUUGACAUGAUGCAUCAAAGACACUCGUUCAACUAUGGAGAGCUGCCUGAACUUGAUGCUAUUUUUGUAGAACUUCCAUACGAGAAAGAAGAUGAAAAUGAUGCGAUCAGUAUGUUUAUAAUUCUGCCAAAUGAUGUUAAUGGUCUUUCAAAAUCUGAAAAAUCUUUGUCCACCGUUAACUUCAAAAGCAUCCAUGACAAUCAAAGAAUGACUGAUAUGCACUUGUACAUGCCUAAAUUCAAAAUUGAAAGCACACUUCAGCUCCAGCCGAUUUUGGAGAAGAUGGGAAUGACUGAUAUGUUCUCAGACAUCGCUGAUUUCACGGGUAUAACAGAUUCUUCGCCCUUAAAAGUGAGCAAAGUAAUUCAAAAGGCAUUCAUUGAAGUAAAUGAAGAAGGAAGCGAAGCUGCGGCAGUUACAGCGGGAGUGAUAUCAUUUAGAUCGUCUAAAAUUCCACAUCCUACACCGAUAACAGUGAUGAUUGACAGACCCUUUAUCUAUACGAUUGUCCAUUCUGCAGCGAAUGCUGUUCUGUUCCAAGGACAUAUUUCCGACCCGGUUUUCUAAUUUUAUUUGAGAUAAAUUAAAUUAUAAAAUACAUAUAUCUUUGACUGAUUUUACGACAAUAAUGAAUAUUGAUUGAAAAAAAUCAAAUUUUUGAUCCUUAAACUUGGAAAUUAAAAAUAUUUUUCUUCAGCUAUUGUUGCAGUUCAUAUGUCUGCCUGGAUAGAAUACCCAAAACCGAUUGCUGUUGAAAUUAAUCGACCUUUUAUGUACGUUAUUCAUCUCAGUGAUACUAAUACUGUUCUGUUCCAAGGUCAUGUUAAUUUGCCUCCCAUGAAUUAAAGAACAUUAUUGCAAUUAAGUGUUGUAAUUAGAAAUAAGUCUCCAAUAAAAACUUUGAAAAAUAUCAUUUUAA